GCGGGCGGGCAGGCGGGCGGCAGCGGGGAGAGCACGUACUGCUCCACCAUGGUGCAGCACUGCGAGGCGCUGGGCCGCGCCGUGCAGGUGGUCAACCUGGACCCGGCGGCGGAGCUCUUCAGCUACCCCGUCAUGGCAGACAUCCGAGAGUUAAUAGAAGUGGACGACGUCAUGGAAGAUGAAUCCUUAAGGUUUGGCCCCAAUGGCGGCUUGGUGUUUUGCAUGGAAUACUUUGCCAAUAACUUUAACUGGCUAGAGGAAAGCCUUGGGCAUGUGGAAGAUGACUAUAUAUUGUUUGAUUGCCCAGGUCAGAUCGAACUGUACACACAUCUGCCAGUGAUGAAACAGCUGGUGGAGCAGCUUCAGCAGUGGGAAUUCCGCGUCUGUGGAGUUUUUCUUGUGGAUUCUCAGUUUAUGGUGGAAUCUUUCAAGUUUAUCUCUGGAAUUCUGGCUGCACUCAGUGCAAUGAUAUCUUUAGAGAUUCCACAGAUUAACAUUAUGACCAAAAUGGAUUUGCUGAGCAAGAAAGCCAAGAAGGAGAUAGAAAAGUACUUGGAUCCAGAUAUGUAUUCUAUGAUUGAAGAUUCUACAAACAUAUUGAAAAGCAAAAUGUUUAAAAAACUGACUAAAUCUAUAUGUGGAUUGAUUGAUGACUAUGGUAUGGUUCGAUUUCUACCUUUUGAUCGCUCUGAUGAGGAAAGCAUAAACAUAGUUUUGCAGCACAUAGACUUUACCAUUCAGUAUGGAGAAGAUCUUGAAUUUAAAGAACCAAAGGAAUGUGAAGAAGAUAAAUCUGCUCUUGUGGAUGAAUACUUUCAAGAUCAUGUGGAUGAAUGAAAAACAGAUGGUCAAAAAUGGGAGGAAAAUACCUUGCUCGUGUUAAAAAAUAAAAAUUAAAAAAAAAGUCCACCCCUACACAAACAUGCUCGAUAUUUUAUCUGUAAGAUAACUAAUAUUUAUAAUGAAGUGAGCUAUAUGACCUCAUAACUAUUUUAAUAAACAAUUUUUAUUCUUAUGUG